UUCCGGUUUAGCCGGGUCUGGGGAUAAGACGGUUCUAUGAGUAGGCAGAGUUGCGAAUCCUGGGUGAAGAAGAGCGUGAAAUGGCGUCCUCGCACCUAAUUCUCCUUCCUUCCCCGUCCUGCCGGUCCCUUUCUUCUCCCAGAUUGGGAUUCAGCCCAGUUCGAUGCGCCACUGAACGUCAGGCGCUGUUUAAUCGAAUUGCUCCUGUCUAUGAUGACCUCAAUGAUUUGCUGAGCCUUGGUCAGCACCGUAUUUGGAAGCGAAUGGCUGUGUCAUGGAGUGGAGCCACAAUGGGAGACCGUGUAUUGGAUGUGUGCUGUGGGAGUGGCGAUUUAGCGUUUCUUUUGUCUGAGAAAGUUGGCUCCUAUGGCAAGGUGACUGGUCUUGACUUCUCAAAGGAGCAACUGUUGCUUGCUUCAUCUCGGCAGAAGUUGCUUUCAAAGAACUACUUCAGUAAUAUUGAAUGGGUUGAAGGCGAUGCUCUUAACUUGCAAUUUACUAAUGGUUGGUUUGAUGCUGUAACUAUGGGCUUUGGUCUACGAAACGUGGUUGAUAAGCGCAAGGCCAUGCAAGAAAUAUUACGAGUCCUAAAAAUCGGCUCCAGAGUGGCUAUCCUUGACUUUAAUAAGAGCAAUCAGUUUCUGACUGCUUCAGUUAUGGAAUGGAUGAUUGACAACGUUGUUGUCCCGGUGGCCUCUGGUUAUGGCCUCGCUGAAGAGUAUAGAUAUCUAAAGAGCUCAAUCAGAGAGUUUUUAACAGGGAAGGAAUUGGAGAAACUCGCAUUAGAAGUUGGUUUUUCUACUGCACGACAUUAUGAGAUCAGUGGAGGCCUUAUGGGCUGCUUGGUAGCAAAGCGUUAGAUGGGAUUUAUAUAUGGAUAUUUUUCCAUGUAUAUAUUUUUGUUUAUUAUUCUGGUGCAAUUUGUGUUCGGGUUGUAAUUACAUACUCUGCUCUUAAUUAAAGUGCUCUACUAUUUAACUAA